UCUGUUUGUUCUUUCCUUGUUAUGUUUUUUUGUGAACCACUGCAUAGAUAUAUAUAUAUCUAUGGAACCACUGGACGUGGUUUUGUUUAGUACGUAUUUCCUAUCAGAGGAUUUGGGGAGUGGCAGCAGGUUAUAUUAAACGUGUCUGGUUAUUUCAGUAAAGCUCUGGGACUUUAGAUUAAACAUUUUAUCUACUUUUGCUUCCAGACAAAAACGAUGUCUUUUGUGUGCGGAGGGACCGGUGAGGCGAUAGUCGCCGAUAAAGAAGUGCAGAAAAUCUGUGAUGAGAUAAAGUCACAGGUGGAGAAAAAAGCUGGAAGGACAUUUCAGGUCUUUACUGUUAAAUCUUACAAGACGCAGGUCGUAGCUGGGACGAAUUACUUCAUCAAGGUCCAUGUAGGUGGUCAGGAUUUUGCUCACCUGCGUGUCUAUAAGCCGUUGUCAUAUGUGGGAAGAAAACUGGAACUUCAUGGAAUACAGAUCCCCAAAGCCCAACAUGAUCCCAUUGAAUACUUCUAAGACAGAAAUGACUACUGUGCUGCAAUGAUACAGUAAUAAUGCUUACAAAUAGGGCGGUUAUUGAAAUUGCUUAAAGCUGACAAAGUUGUAUUUUCUGACAAGAAAUUAGAAGUUUCUUCAGAUAAAUAUGCCAAUAUUAAAUA